UGGUAGAAAACCUGUGCUUCCUUGAAUGGGACCUUGGUUUUGGGGCUCCCUCCCCCUCACUUGCCCCAGUGCCAAGUGUGUAGAUCCCUGAUAAAAGAACCAUGGAGAUGGAGAGGUUGGUGGUGCUGCUUAAAGAUUCUGAUCUGGUCCGGUUCAGCAGAUUGGGGUGCGGAAUGUUAGAUGUGGGAGUUUUGAUUGGUCUGAUUUAAAUAAAAUAAGAAAAAAAGAUCCCUUUGUGGGCAUCCAAGAAUCUUUGCAUGCUGAGUUCUGAGAUUCCUGUACUUUGAGUAAAUAAACUGGUUAAUGGGGACUCGGACAAUGACAUCUCGGGGCGGUGGCAGGCAGCACUCUGAGAUGCAGAGCUUGGCAAGGCAGGGGUCUCUCUGUAGACUCACCCUCAAUGAGGUUCAGAGCCACCUGGGUGAGCCCUUGCACAGCAUGAACUUGGAUGAGCUCCUCAGGAAUGUGUUUCCCGGCGAGUUGAACCAGCCAUUGGCGAUGGACCUUGGCAGCGGCCAUUGUGGUUUGGGGUUGGGCCUUCAGUGUCAGGGGAGCAUCAGUGUACCGAGGGCACUGAGCAAGAAGACAGUGGAUGAAGUGUGGAGGGACAUCCAGCAGAAGAAGGCCAACGGGGAGCUGGGCUUGAGCCAUGGGAGGCAGCCGACACUAGGGGAGAUGACCCUCGAGGAUUUCCUGGUGAAGGCCGGGGUGGUCGCUGAGGGAGCUGAUAGGAGGGCGGAGGCGCAUGUUGGAAAUGUAGCUUCUGUUGCGAGUGGUGAUUCCAUGGCAGGAAUGCAGGGUUUGCAGCAUCAGCCGCCACCGCCGGUGCAUUGGUUGCAUCAGUAUCAGCAGCAGCAACAGGCACAGCAGGGAUUGAUGGGAGCUUAUGUGGGUCGGCCAGUCCCGCACCCACUAGGGGCUGGAACUGGCGCCAUAUUGGAUGCGGUGUAUUAUGAGGGACAAGGGAGGUCACUGGCAGGGGCGAUGCCUGAUCCACAGACACCAGGGCGGAAGAGAGGGGCUGCUGAGGAGGUGACAGAAAAGAUAGUAGAGAGGAGGCAGAAGAGGAUGAUCAAGAAUCGGGAGUCAGCUGCUCGUUCACGAGCUAGGAAGCAGGCUUACACUAAUGAGCUGGAGAACAAGAUUUCCCGCCUGGAAGAAGAAAAUGAGAUGUUGAAGAAGCAGAAGGAGUCAGAAUCUGUAAUACACUAUGUACUUCAAGUAGAGCAAAAGUAUCAGCUUCGCCGAACAAGUUCGGCCCCUUUCUGAUCAUGUCUAUAUUUUGUAGAUUUGCAUGGUGUGGUUCCUUUGACUUAAUUUUGUAUUAGAACAUUCAGUAGUCUGUUAUUUGAGCUCUCCAACUUGAUAAUUCUGAGUAAGGUUGUGGGAGCCUUGUCUAGUGCUUCUGUUGCUGCUGCAGCAGCCACUGCUGCUGCUGCUGCUUUUCUGUUUGGAGUGGUGCUUGAUUGUAGAUUUGUGGGCCACUUAUUUGAAUGACAAAGUUCGACAUGACCUCUCUCUCUCUAUAUAUAUUUUUAUGUUUAC